UUGUGGACUCUUCCAACAAUGUUUGUCUCGUUCCGGGGGGUGGGUACGUAGUCGAGCAGUGUUGGAAGGGCCGUUUGCAUGUAAACAAAGCAGACUACUGGAGUGGAUUAAGUUUUUGCAAUCGCCAUAUUUUAUACUUUUCCUUCUGUCCUGGAGACUCUCUUUCCAUAAGCAACCUCAUCUACAUUUCGGAGGAAAAUACUUUGCUGCCUGGCCUGUGGCGUGCUGAAAGUGUCGAAUUAUGCACUCGGGCCUUGGACUAGAGUAAAGUUCUAAGCGGACUCUUCAACUUCUGCAUCCUCGCUGACUGCGCCUGUCACACGGCACUGGGCCCUCGCGGCCUUGCCUUGUGGAUGAGGAAGUAAAGUGAUACAACCCACCCAGGAGAAAGGAACCCAUUUUAUGGGCGAAUCCUCUUUCCUGGACUCCUGGGUGCAACAAAACAUUGUUAUUAUGGACGCUGCCCUUGAAUCGAUCAUGCAGGACCUGGCUGAGCUGCACCGGUCCAGCAAGCCUGCCGCCAUGCUCGCAGACCUGGCCAAGCCCAAGGCCUCCUCGCCCAAGAACCAGAAUGAUGUUCGGGUGAAGUUUGAGUACAGAGGUGAAAAGAGGAUUCUGCAGUUUCCCCGGCCCCUCAGUCUUGAUGACCUCAGCUCCAAGGCGAAAGUAGCCUUUGGUCAGACUAUGGACCUGCACUACACCAAUAACGAGCUGGUGAUCCCGUUGACCACUCAGGAUGAUCUGGACAAGGCAGUGGAGCUGCUGGACAGGAGCGUCCACAUGAAGAGCCUCAAGAUCCUGCUGGUGCAGCAGGCUUCCACGCAGAACUCUGUUUCCAGUAUGGAUCUGUUGCCAUCUCGUGAGAACCUGGACAACACAGACUUCAGAGGUUCCUCGGACCGCAGUUCCCCUCCUCCAGGCUACAUCCCUGAUGCUCUGCAGCAGGUGGCUCGCAACGGCUCCUUCACCAGCAUCAACAGCGAGGGAGAGUUUAUCCCCGAGAGCAUGGACCAGAUGUUGGACCCGUUGUCUAUGAGUAGUCCUGAGAACUCGGCCUCGGGGAGUUGCCCGUCUCUGGACAGUCCUCUAGACAGUGACAGUUACCCAAAGUCCCGGAUGCCCCGUGCUCAAAGUUACCCUGACAACCACCAAGAUUUCCCAGAGUAUGACAUCCCUGUGUUUGAGAAGUCUGGCAAGGGUGGCACGUAUCCACGGCGAUACCACAUCCCCUUUGGUCUCCAGGACUACAGUGAUGGGCGCAAGACGUUCCCGCGGGCGCGGCGGACGCAGGGUCAGGGCGUUCGCUCUCCGGUCAGCUUCAGCCCCGUGGAGCAGCAGUCGCCCAGCGGCAGCAGCGGCAGUAGCAUCUUCAGCCCGGAGCUGGACGAGCCGGGAGGAUUCCGCCGCCGCCGCGGCUCUGACAUUGAGCCCAGCCCCGCCCCCAGCUCCGCCUCCAACCCCGCACCCACCCUCUCAGUCAUGGACAUCAGCCCGCCCAGCCGCUCCCCGCGUGCCCCCACUAACUGGCGCCUGGGGAAGCUAUUGGGUCAGGGGGCGUUCGGUCGCGUCUUCCUCUGCUACGAUGCAGACACCGGCCGAGAGCUCGCCGUCAAACAGGUGCAGUUUGACCCUGACAGCCCGGAGACCAGCAAGGAGGUGAGUGCUCUAGAGUGGGAAAUUCAGCUCCUGAAGAAUCUGUUCCACGAGAGAAUCGUCCAGUACUACGGCUGCCUACGGGACACACAUGAGAGGACGCUCUCCAUCUUCAUGGAGUACAUGCCAGGGGGUUCUAUUAAAGACCAGCUGAAGGCGUAUGGAGCCCUAACGGAGAAUGUGACGCGCAAGUACACUCGGCAGAUACUGGAGGGCGUUUCCUACCUGCACAGCAACAUGAUCGUCCACAGAGACAUCAAAGGGGCCAACAUCCUACGGGAUUCAGCCGGAAACGUGAAGCUGGGGGACUUUGGCGCAAGUCGGCGUCUCCAGACGAUCUGUCUCUCGGGGACAGGCAUCAAGUCCGUGACUGGAACGCCGUACUGGAUGAGUCCAGAGGUCAUCAGCGGCGAGGGCUAUGGACGCAAGGCGGACAUUUGGAGCGUGGGCUGCACGGUGGUGGAGAUGCUGACGGAGCGGCCGCCAUGGGCGGAGUUCGAGGCGAUGGCGGCCAUCUUCAAGAUCGCCACGCAGCCGACCAAUCCGGCGCUGCCGGGGCACGUGUCGGACCACUGCAGAGACUUCCUGAAGCGCAUCUUUGUGGAGACCAAGCAGAGACCCGCUGCCGAGGACCUACUGAGACACAUCUUUGUUCACUAGAACCCCCAAACCCAC